AUGAUGGCGCAAAUCGCCAUGAGCAGGCUCUUCCGCCAGAGCACUACCAGCUCGGUGCGCCAGUCCAUUCUGAGACCGAUGCAGGCUCGCAGCUACGGUUCGAACUCAGCAAUCCCAACCUUCACCUCAACAUCCUCCCCCGAGUUAGACGAAGCUCUUGACCGGUUCCGCAAUGAGCUGUUCAUUCCCCUUGCUCUCCCUAAGCGACAGAGAAAGAGCGUGUUCCGAGAGAAAUACGCCAAACAAUUGCAAAACGAGCCUAUUACCGUGAAGAUCGGCGAGACCGAAGAGUUCACCCUAACGCCCAAGAAGCACCACGAUCUGCCGUCGAAGAAGGACGCUCUCGAGGUUCUCAAGCUGAUGGUCGCGACCAAGAACUUCAGCAACCUUUUCCCGUACCUCAGUGGCCUCCGGAUGUCAAACUAUGCCAUCAACAGCGAUCGGUGGGAGUUCAUCAUUCGCAAAACCAGCGAAGCCGGAAAGCUUUCAACCAUUAUCGAGUGCGCCAGACAGUCCCAGCGCACCGGAUUGACUCUCAGCAACAGGAACAUCGCUCGCCGUCUGUUCUUCGAGCUUCACAAGACAGCCGCGAAAGCGGAUUUCAAGGGAAUCCAGACCGUCAAAGCUCUGAAACUGGCGAGGGAGGCCGCUAGCCUGAUGGAUUCUCACGAACACUCCGUUAGGAACAUCGAGGAUGACCCCAAACACCAGCCUUUCGUUAUCGGCACGCUUUUGGAACUCAGCGCCGCCUGUGCGAAAAUCAAGGAGGCUGAGACAGCCUUGGUUCGUGGCUACGCUCAGAAACUUGAUGCAGCCUGGUCCCUAGGAAACUUCAAGGACGAUGCGGCCACUGGCUUUGAAAACAUUGAGAGAGUGGAGGAGAACCUUGCCCUUUACAACGGCAUGCGUUUGGCCCUUGGACUGCCCAAGGCAUCACAAGACACUGAGAAUUUCAAGGCUCGCUGUGAUGAGCUUAAGCCUGUCCUGAUUUCGCAGUUGCAAAAAGUCAAGAACGCCGACGUCCGUGCAGACAAGGUGGUUCAGCAAUUGCUUGCAGAAAAGCCCAAAGAAAAAGUUGAGGAGACCGCUUGA